AUGAGUGAUUGUCUACCAAAUGCACUAGGAGGCUACGACGAAACUCCUGAGGACAUGGCUAAAGUUCUGAAGGAGUUUGCAUUAGAUGGGCUUGUAAAUAUUGUUGGCGGAUGCUGUGGAACCACACCAGAUCAUAUAGCGGCUAUGGCAAAGGCUCUCAAGGGAGUGCCUCCACGUCGUCCAUGCUCCAAUCUAUACGCUGGCAAUAUGCUACUCUCCGGUCUCGAGCCUAUGGUCGUUGGACCUUUCACGAAUUUUGUGAACAUCGGCGAACGGUGCAACGUUGCUGGAUCCAGGCGUUUCUGUAGGCUGAUAAAGAACGAAGACUACGAACAAGCCAUUGAUGUCGCCAGACACCAAGUUGAAAGCGGCGCUCAAGUUGUGGACGUGAAUAUGGAUGAUGGCCUGCUGGACGGGCCAUAUGCGAUGAGCAAGUUCCUGAGACUGAUCGCAACGGAACCGGACGUCGCAAAAGCAAGCCCUUGCCUAUCUGCUCUAAUCAAAACGCUUUCAACAGCCAUAAUUUAG